AUGAUCGAUCAUGAUGGAAAUUUCAUGGAAACGAUAUCGUUUUGGGCUCCACCGUCCAGUCCUAGCCCAAGAACGAUUCUAGAGAUGCUGAAUCAAACCGAUAAUGGUAUAAAUCCAAUCAGCGAGAUCUUCCCUCAAACCAACUUAUCAACUUAUCAUCAUCAUCAGUCUGAACAAAGAUCUGGUCUCGGCGAGAGAGUAGCUGCAAGAAUAGGAUUUAAUCUUCCUCCACUAGACGCAGAGAACAUCAGUCCAAUUUCUGCAUUUUUCAGGAACUCGACGACUGUUCCUUCUCCUGUCGUCGAAAUCUCUCCAGGAUUCAGCCCAUCUGCUCUGUUGCUAUCUCCAGAUAUGUUCUCUAAUUCCUCACAGAUUAUCCCUUCGUCUCCGAUGGCCAACGGCGAGACGGUGGAAAGUUGCGGUGACAACGACGAAACGACGAUGAUAUUCAACAACGAUCUUCCUCAUCAGCCGCUGCACGUUGAUCUGCCUCCUGAAGAAGGCUCUGAUGGUAUUCCAACGGAAGAGUCCGUUAAUAUCCCAUCUCAUGAAUCUCUUGCUGAUCCCAUUGGUGCUCCUUUAAACGCAUCUUUUGAAUUUGAAAUUGUUGACCAGACCGAUAUCAUCAACAGGGGCGGAGAUCCACCACUGAUCAUCAACAUCAAUAGCGAAAGCGAGGACGAGGACGAGGAUGAGAACGAGGGCGAGGACGAAGAAUACAACGAAGAUGAAGAUGUAGACGAAGAAGAAGACGACGACAUUGUUGCUGAACUAGAAGUCGAACCUUCAUCUCCAAAGAGAAGGAAAUUUGAGGUAUCAAACAUGAUUGGAGCGACAAGAACAAGCAAGAACGAAAGGGUCAUAAUUCAGAUGGAAUGCGAAGAAGACCUUCCUGACGAUGGUUUUCGCUGGAGGAAAUACGGUCAGAAAGUUGUCAAAGGGAAUCCAAAUCCGAGGAGUUACUACAAAUGCACGUACAACGAGUGCCAAGUGAAGAAGCAUGUGGAGAGAGGAGCAGACAAUGCGAAGUUAGUGGUGACCACAUACGAUGGGAAACACGAGCACGCUGCACCAGCUGCACGCAUUAGCCAUUCUGGUCCAAGGAGUCGGUCCGGUUCAUCAUCAGUGACUCAAGAUUCUACCAAUCGAACCGCUCGGUUAGGCAGGCCGCCUUCUUCGUCUCAAGCCAUGAUGAGGCCGCUCUCUUCUUCUUCGGCCCCACAAAUUGAUAUGACACAGUUCUAUAUGUCCGGACUCUCUAGGCUGCCCACUUUACCGGUUAACCAGAAUACUGGUUCUACGUACCGAAAUGAUGAACCGAAUGUGAUACCGGACGGCUCAGAGGUCUACAAGGGGAUCAUGCAUCGGCUAUCUCUUGAGUUUGGUCUCCAAUUUUAG